AUGACACCAAUGGCAUCAUCCUCUUCACUCAAUUCAAUUCCUCUAUCCGCUCCUUCCAUUUCUUCCCCACUUCGUGCAUUCUCCACUCCUCUCUUUCCUCAAUCAAAUUCCCACUUUCACCAAACCAGGAACCACCAUUUCAACUUCACCGUUAAAGUACAAACCCUAGAUUUCACCGGUUCGUUCUUCGAAGGCGGAUUCGGUUCAGGCGAUGAUCCGAUUUCUCCCGGAACCGGUUUUACAACCGCCGUUGAAGAGAAACCGGAACCGCAAUGCCCGCCCGGACUUAGACAGUAUGAAACUAUGGUGGUUUUGAGACCUGAUAUGUCUGAGGAUGAACGUCUUGAACUGACUCAGAAAUAUGAAGAGCUUCUUGUUGCUGGAGGUGGUAUGUAUGUAGAGGUUUUUAACAGGGGUAUUAUUCCACUAGCAUAUACCAUCCAGACGAAAAACAAGGACGGAGAAACUAACACGUAUUUGGACGGCAUCUACCUCUUAUUCACCUACUUCACAAAGCCCGAGUCCAUAACCGCCCUUGAGGAGAUGCUAAUGAGGGAUGAUAACGUUAUCCGAUCAAGUAGCUUCAAGAUCAGGAUCAGGAAAAGGAAAUAUUAG